AUGGAUCCAACUCAGGCCACCAGAAAUUCGCAGUCGGAGGCGUACGACGCGGUUCUAUUGGCAGAAUUGACGCAAAAGUUGGGAAGCGUCGAGAAGGCGAAAAAAGUUUACGCUCCAUUCUCCGCCAGCCUGAUGACAUCCGCGGCGGCCAUACCACCACCGACUAUCCCAGCGGAUUCGACGGCACAACACGCAGUUCUCCACGACGAGGGGCCUCAAGAUUCAACCAGGGUACCAGAUGGUUUCCAACAAGCAGAAACCGCUUCACUGGAGGCGGACAAGGAAGAGGCGACGAAUGAACUGAUUGCUGAUGGUGGGCUAAGUGAUGGUGAUAAGAAGGUGGAGUUCGAGGGACAAGGUAGUGAAAACCCUAACUCUGAGGUUGAGAAAGAGGGGGAAACCCCUAUUCGAGAGGAAGGUGAGGGGGAAACCCCUGUUAUGGUAGAAUUUGUUGAGGGGGAAACCCCUGUUGUGGAAAGGAUUGCUGAGGGGGAAACCCCUGUUCUAGAAAUGACGGCUGAGGGGGAAACCCCUAUGGAAACGGGGGAUGAAACCCCAAAGGAUUUUAGGGGAUCGACCCCUGAACCAAUGGAGGAGGGGGAAACCCCUGUUUAUAUCAAGGGGGGAACCCCGAUGGUGGAUGAUGUGGGGGAAACCUCGGGAAAGCUUUCGGAAAUGACAGAUCCAGAUAUUACUGGAGUACCAGCGCCCGUCGAGGAAGGGCAAGAUCUAAUUGUUGACCUGGUGGACGACCAGGAAGAAGACGAACCCAAGGUGGACGAGAGAGCAAAGAGGCGAAUGGCCAGGAGAAGUCUAUUAGACGAAGUAGAUGACUUGGUCUAUUCUGAGACAGAGGAGUUCCCUGCCCGAGGGAUAGAAGCUGAAGAGGCUGAGGAUCGUCGCCUGGCCAAGGAAAGGGCAAGGAAAGGAAAGGCAGCUGCGACCCAGUCAAAACGGUCAAGGAAAGCUCCAUCCCCAGUGACCGAAGUUCCCUCUACCGAGGAACAAGCCGAGCCUACUCCUGGGCCCAAUUCUGAACUUGGAGAAUCUGAUGAGGAGUUUAUCCAUGAGCGUGUGUUCAAAAGGAAAUAA